CCGGGAGUCGUUGUGGGCCGCGGGCCGGACCGGGUCCCAGGGCGGUGGGAGCCCGGGCUGAGCGGAAGGGCUUGGCGGGCCGUUAGAGGGCUGCAGCCGCUGUCGGGUCCCCUUCCUUGCCGGACUUCUGUGCUCCGGCGCCCGGAGCCUCCGGCACUGUGCCCACCCCGCUCCAGCUCGCGUCUCCCGACUCCAAUUAGGUCAGGCUGGGAGUUCCGCGGCCGCGGCUCCGGCCCGCAACGCGCGGCGGCCGCUCGGCUCGCCUUUCUUUCUUCCCUCGCCUUCCUCUCUUACCUCACCCUCCCCCCUCCUUUUUACGUUCCUGGGUUUUGUUUUUUGUUGUUGUUUUAUGCUUUAGGGGUUUUGUUUCUCAGCCCGAGCUCAUGGGUGUACAUUAUCAUGCUCCUCUUUUGUAGAGCAACCCGACGGCCAUGGAGGCUGAAGAAACGAUGGAAUGCCUUCAGGAGUUCCCUGAACAUCAUAAAAUGAUCCUGGACCGAUUGAAUGAACAGCGAGAACAGGACCGGUUUACCGACAUCACCCUGAUUGUCGACGGACACCAUUUUAAGGCCCACAAGGCUGUUUUGGCGGCUUGCAGUAAAUUCUUCUACAAAUUCUUUCAGGAGUUUACUCAAGAACCUUUGGUAGAAAUAGAAGGUGUUAGUAAAAUGGCCUUUCGUCAUUUAAUUGAGUUCACAUAUACAGCAAAAUUAAUGAUACAAGGAGAAGAAGAAGCCAAUGAUGUAUGGAAAGCAGCAGAAUUUCUACAAAUGCUAGAAGCUAUCAAAGCCCUUGAAGUCAGAAACAAAGAAAACUCAGCUCCACUAGAGGAAAAUACCACAGGAAAAAAUGAGGCAAAAAAAAGAAAGAUUGCAGAAACUUCAAAUGUUAUCACUGAGUCAUUGCCAUGUGCAGAAUCAGAACCUGUUGAAAUCGAGGUGGAGAUCGCUGAAGGCACAAUAGAAGUAGAAGAGGAAGGCAUCGAAACAUUGGAGGAAGUGGCAUCUGCAAAGCAGUCCAUAAAGUACAUACAGAGUACAGGUUCCUCUGACGAUUCCGCUCUAGCACUGUUGGCGGACAUUACCAGCAAAUACCGUCAAGGUGAUAGAAAAGGACAGAUUAAAGAAGAUGGCUGUGCAUCUGACGCCAUAAGCAAACAGGUAGAAGGUAUUGAAAUUGUGGAACUUCAGCUGUCACAUGUGAAGGACUUGUUCCAUUGUGAGAAAUGUAACCGUUCAUUUAAAUUGUUUUACCAUUUUAAGGAACACAUGAAAUCACACUCCACAGAGAGUUUCAAGUGUGAAAUAUGCAAUAAAAGGUAUCUUCGUGAGAGCGCAUGGAAACAGCACUUAAACUGUUACCACCUUGAAGAAGGUGGAGUCAGUAAGAAGCAAAGAACUGGGAAAAAAAUUCACAUAUGUCAGUACUGUGAGAAACAGUUUGACCACUUUGGACAUUUUAAAGAGCAUCUUCGAAAACAUACAGGUGAAAAGCCUUUCGAAUGUCCAAAUUGUCAUGAGCGAUUUGCUAGAAAUAGCACCCUCAAGUGUCACCUCACAGCAUGCCAAACUGGAGUGGGUGCAAAAAAGGGAAGGAAGAAGCUUUACGAAUGCCAGGUCUGUAACAGUGUGUUUAACAGCUGGGACCAGUUCAAAGAUCAUUUGGUAAUACACACUGGAGAUAAACCUAACCAUUGUACUCUAUGUGACUUGUGGUUUAUGCAAGGAAAUGAAUUAAGGAGGCAUCUCAGUGAUGCUCACAAUAUUUCAGAACGUCUAGUAACUGAAGAAGUCCUUUCAGUAGAAACACAUGUGCAAACUGAACCAGUGACAUCAAUGACUAUUAUAGAACAAGUUGGGAAGGUGCAUAUGUUACCACUGCUUCAGGUCCAGGUGGAUUCAGCACAAGUGACUGUGGAACAAGUCCAUCCAGAUCUACUCCAGGACAGCCAAGUACAUGAUUCACAUAUAAGUGACCUUCCAGAUCAGGUCCAAGUGAGUUACCUAGAAGUGGGUCGAAUUCACACUGAAGAAGGUACUGAAGUACAUGUGGAGGAGCUACAUGUUGAACGGGUAAAUCAGAUGCCAGUGGAAGUACAAACUGAGCUUCUAGAAGCAGAGUUGGAUCACGUGACUCCUGAAAUCAUGAGCCAAGAGGAAGGAGAGCCUACCGAAGAAGAUGCUGCUGAGGCUCCCAGGGAGGAUCACGAAGGUGCUGAGGGUUUAGAGACCAAACUGACAGAGGAUUCACAAGAUGAAAAGGCAGAGAAUGACAGAACAGCUAUGCCAGUUUUAGAAUGAAGUAACAAAUGAGUAUAUUUUUAAGUUUACAUGUUGGAUUUUGAACUGAUUAUGGGCAGUGUAACUGUCCUUAAGCUAAAAGAUAAGUGGACCAAAGUUAAACUAUUUCCUGUUGUGCUGAACUGUUUCUAUGGAAACAAACUGAUGCCCCGCCCCCCCCCAGUAAAUGCCACAGAGUGGGGAUUCUUAUAAAUGAAGGGGAACUUUGAGAAGUAUAUUUCUGGAAACUUAAAUGGAUUAUAUUCUUACUAUAUAGUUGGGUACGAAUGUAUCUAUUUUCAUUGUGGUAAGGAUCCCUUUUCUCUUCCCCAGGUCAUGUCCUUCCUCAAAUUCUUUCCAUAUUAUAAAAUCAAAUGUAAAAUCAUUAGAAUACAAGUUUUAUGUAUUCUAAUGCAUGUUAGGAAAUUGAAUAUAUAGGAAACACAAGGCUGCAUGAAGAAAGUGCAUUGUUACUGUGCAGUUAAGUUUUGGGUUUGGCUUUCUUUUGAACAGCAUUUUUGUCUACCCCUGGUCACAGAUGCCAUCUCUGCAACACAGAGUGGUGGCAGCAAAAUUUCUAGAAUGUAAAAAAGUGAAAGAAAAAAAAAAACACACCCAUGUGCCUUUUCAAAACCAACUAAACUUCUAUAAAGCAUCUGGUUCUUUCAAAGUUUGUGUUGUAAGGAGCAAUGUAGACAAUGCUAUAGUACUUCAUGGUUUUGCUUAUAAUGACAACUGCCAAUUCCUUUUCAUUUAACUUAGCUUGAGAAAUUUCAUUUAAUGGCAGCUGCAUGGCCAUUUUCAAUUGGGAAACUUCAUUUACAUCUGUGGUAAACUUUAUUUUGAUGAGAAGUUGCACUAGGAUUUUACCACCAGAUGAAAAGAAAAAAAAAAGAUGAGCAUCAUUUAAAAAUUAAUGUAUUUAAAAUAAAGUACAGAGGAAAACAUGUAUAUAAUAUAUCAGGCUUUGUUUUUAAUGGAAUCUUUUCCCCUCAAUCCUUAAUGUAAAGAUUCUGUGCUAUAACUUUUAAAGCCAUACAAAUAAGAGUGCUAAACUGUGGACUUUAAAGUAGAUGUGUAAAUAUUUUUAAUCAGUAUUACUUGGGAAAUAAACUAUAACAACCACGUAAAAUAAACCAAUAUUCUAUUUUCUUUACCUGUUAAAUAUUGGGAGAUAAUUACAUUUUUAAAGUAAACUUUAAAAUUACGUGUU